CAGGUACGCUGGAAUUUUCUGACACCCACUCGGACAUGUCCUAUGUCUUCAUCAACGACUCGUCGCAGACCAACGUGCCGCUGCUGCAGGCCUGCAUCGAUGGAGACCUGCCGUUCGCCAAGAGGCUCCUGGAGACGGGCUGCGACCCCAACAUCCGGGACAACCGGGGCCGCACCGGGCUGCACCUCGCCGCCGCCCGGGGCAACGUGGACAUCUGCCGCCUGCUGCACAAGUUCGGAGCCGAUCUGCUAGCCACCGACUAUCAAGGGAACACCGCUUUGCAUCUGUGCGGACACGUGGACACCAUCCAGUUCCUGGUGUCCAACGGGCUGAAGAUCGAUAUCUGGUAA